AUGUCAAUUCUUCAACAUGUUAAUCUGGGUGAUUAUCCUGGGUGGUCCAAAGGAUACGUUUUACUUUCCGAAGCAUUAGAGAGAAACAGGGGCAACUCCAUGGAGAUUGUUAAGUUACUCUUACAAUAUGGAGCAAAAGUAAACAGUAAGACGAAUGCAUUGUGGGGAAACUCUGAUACAUCGCUUUAUCAUGCUGUUCGGACUAAAAAUGUAGAAACAGUCGAAAUGCUUUUAAACCAUGGUGCUAUUGUUAAUUCCAGAAAUACUAGUAAAUAUGAAGGAAUGCUUCUACAUAUAUCCAUCGAGAAUGGAAGUCAAGAAAUCGUGCAGCUGUUAUUAAGCCGAGGAGCAGAUGUUGAAUCCACUGCAUAUAUUGGUUAUAGACCACUGCAUCUAGCAGCAAAAGCACACAAUCACAAUGUAAAAAUCAUCCAACUUCUUCUAAAUUAUGGUGCUGAAGUUAAUUCAGUUAGUCAAUUUCUGAACAGUGGUUAUUAUUUUACGGCGCUAUAUUUGGCAUCAUCAGAUAAAACCACUGAUGCAGUGAAACUCCUUUUGCAACAUGGAGCUGAUGUGAAUUAUGUGAGCACUGAUAUAUGUAAAAAUGAAAAAAGAAGCACCUUGGUAAUACAGAAUGCCGUAGAAUGUGGCAGUGAUGGUAUUGUAGAACUCUUAUUACAAUAUGGAGCAAUAGUCAACUCAACUGAAAAUUCUAGUUCCGAGCUCCUCCACGUUGCUGUUAGACGUGGAUCAGAGAAAAUGGUUCAGCUUUUAUUGGAUAACAAUGAAGAAAUUGAGGGAAAAGACGAGAAAGGGUUAACAGUUUUUCAUAAAGCUGUAAAAGAAGGGAAACUAGGAAUAGUCAAGUUACUCGUAGGAAAAGAUUACUAUGCUGACAUUGAUAUCGAAAAUGAGAAGAAGGAAACUUCCUUAGAUUUGGCUAAAGGUUAUCACAGCAAAGACGUUUUAAAAUUGCUCUUAAAGUAUGGAAGCAAAUAUCGGCUUAAUAGUAACGAUACGAACUGGUAUUAUAACAGUAAGUUCAUCAUGGAGCACGCUAUAAAAAUGCAAGCAGCUAAUUUAAAUGAUGUUAAAGUUAAAGUUCCACCGCAUAUGAAUCAUUUUUGUAAGAAAAGGGAAAUCAAAGUCGCAACGUUCACGAGAAAUGAAAACAUCAUGAAAAUUAUCAACACGAAGCUGUAUAAAGAAAUGUUUCCUUUAUAUAGAAGCAUGUUGCAAAUUCGCAUUAACAAAGGGAAAACCCGAAAUGAAUUGAUGGAAAAAGGUGCCACAUGUCUUGCAUCUCUAUUGGAAAAUCUGGAACUGAAAAUACCUGAUCUUGUCAUUCAAGAAAUUUUCUCUUUCUUGAAUAAUAGAGACUUACGAAAUUUAAUUUACACUUCUCCGAUCGAGUUUGAAGAAAUCUCUUCUGAUAUAAUUUCCAAACAUUCUAUGUUGGAACAACCGUUUGGUCCCUAA